UCUUUUCCGGCAGCUGCUGUCUGCAGGGUCUGGUCAAAUUCUUGAACACUACCAGAAAUAGCCUGAAAAGUCUCAACCUGAAUCCGUGAUGGCUGCUACAGGAGUUCUCCCCUUUAUCAGGGGGGUAGACCUAAGUGGGAACGAUUUUAAAGGGGGCUACUUUCCGGAGCAUGUAAAAUCUAUGUCCAGCCUGCGAUGGCUGAAGUUAAACAGAACAGGACUUUGCUAUCUUCCAGAGGAGCUGGCCUCCCUCCAAAAGCUGGAACAUUUGUCAGUGAGUCACAACAGCUUGACAACCUUACAUGGAGAGCUCUCCAGUCUUCCCAACCUAAGGGCUGUUGUGGCAAGAGCAAACAACUUGAAGAACACAGGAGUUCCAGAUGAUAUUUUUCAGCUGGAUGACCUCUCAGUACUGGAUUUGAGCUAUAACCAGUUGACUGAAAUUCCAAGGGACCUGGAGAAUUCUAGGAAUAUGCUGGUUCUUAACCUCAGUCACAAUGGCAUUGACAACAUACCAAACCAGCUGUUCAUUAACCUAACUGAUCUGCUGUACUUGGACCUAAGUGACAAUAAAUUAGAUAGCCUGCCUCCCCAGAUGAGACGUUUGGUUCACUUGCAGACGUUAAUACUGAACAACAAUCCUCUCAUGCAUGCCCAGUUAAGGCAAUUGCCAGCCAUGGUUGCUAUUCAUACCCUACAUUUGAGAAACACGCAACGCACUCAAAGCAACAUGCCCACCAGUUUAGAAGGCCUUACUAAUUUAGCAGAUGUGGAUCUGUCCUGUAAUGACCUUACUAGGGUACCAGAGUGCCUCUACUCCUUGGCCAGUCUGAAGCGCCUUAACCUGAGCAGCAAUCAGGUCUCUGAGCUCUCCUUAUGCAUUGAUCAGUGGACACAGCUGGAGACACUGAACCUUUCCAGAAAUCAGCUCACAUCACUUCCGUCUGCCAUCUGCAAGUUGGCCAAGUUGAAGAAGCUGUAUUUGAACUCUAAUAAGCUUGACUUCGACGGAUUGCCGUCUGGAGUUGGGAAGCUGUCAAACCUGGUGGAAUUCAUGGCUGCUAAUAACAACUUGGAGCUCGUACCUGAAGGGUUAUGCAGGUGCGGCAAGCUGAAGAAACUUGUGCUGAACAAGAAUCGCCUUGUGACAUUGCCAGAGGCGAUCCAUUUCCUUACUGAUUUGGAAGUUCUGGAUGUCCGAGAGAAUCCUAACCUGGUGAUGCCUCCAAAGCCAGUGGACCGGACAGCUGAGUGGUACAACAUUGACUUCUCCCUGCAGAACCAGCUGCGUUUGGCUGGAGCCUCACCGGCCACCGUGGCUGCAGCAGGCGGAGGAACCAGUCAGCGAGAUCCACUCGCCAGGAAGAUGAGACUGAGGCGACGCAAGGACUCUGCUCAGGAUGACCAGGCCAAGCAGGUGCUGAAGGGCAUGUCGGACGUGGCCCAGGAGAAGAACAAAUCCAUUGAGGAAAACGGGGACGCAAAAUAUGGGGACCUGAAGACAAAGCGCUGGGACAAGCAGCUGGAGAAGCCUCAGCUGGACUACUCUGAGUUCUUCACUGAAGAUGCCGGUCAGAUCCCUGGCAUGCAAAUAUGGCAGAUUGAGAACUUUAUACCUAUGCAGGUGGAAGAGGCCUUCCAUGGAAAGUUCUACGAAGCUGACUGCUACAUUGUGCUCAAGACAAGCUUGGAUGACAAUGGUGCCUUGACCUGGCAGAUCUUCUAUUGGAUUGGGCAGGAGGCUACUUUGGACAAAAAGGCCGGCUCUGCCAUCCACGCUGUCAAUCUGCGCAACUACCUGGGAGCGGAAUGCCGGACAAUCCGCGAGGAAAUGGGAGAUGAGAGCGAGGAGUUCAAUGCAGUGUUUGAUAGUGAAAUCUCAUACAUUGAGGGCGGAACUGCCAGUGGAUUCUACACUGUUGAAGACACGCAGUACCCAACCAGGCUGUACCGGGUGUAUGGAAAGAAGAAUAUCAAAUUGGAAUCUGUCCCUAUUAAGGCAUCUUCACUCGACCCACGGUUUGUCUUCUUGCUGGACGCUGGCUUGGAGCUCUUUGUGUGGAGAGGUGCAAAUGCCACACUCAGUGGCACCACAAAAGCCAGAUUAUUUGCAGAGAAGAUCAACAAGAAUGAGAGAAAGAGCAAAGCUGAGAUCACAACACUCAUGCAGAAUGCAGAGCCCCCUGAGUUUUGGGAGCCACUUGGAGGUCAACCCGAGGAGAUCAAGAAGCAUGUUCCCGACGACUUCGCUCCAAUUCGGCCCAAACUUUACAAGGUUGGACUGGGCUUGGGAUACUUGGAGCUUCCCCAGAUCAACUACAAGCUCUCCGUGGAACACAAAAACAAGCUCAAACUGGAUGUCAUUCCUGAGCUCAGACUGCUGCAAAGCCUGCUGGACACCAAAGGCGUCUACAUCCUGGACUGCUGGUCUGACGUGUUCAUAUGGAUCGGACGCAAAUCUCCAAGGCUGGUCAGAGCAGCUGCGCUGAAACUGGGACAGGAGUUGUGUAGCAUGCUGCACCGGCCCAAACACGCUGUGGUCAUCCGGAACUUGGAGGGGACAGAGAACCAGGUGUUCAAGUCCAAAUUCAAGAACUGGGAUGAUGUGCUGAAGGUGGACUAUACUAGGAACGCUGAAAGUGUCCAACAGAAAGAUAACCUGUCUGGUAAGGUGAAGAAAGAUGCCGAGAAAAAGGAUCAGAUGAAGGCAGACCUGACGGCCCUGUUUCUUCCUCGACAGCCCCCAAUGCCCCUCAAUGAGGCUGAGACGAUGAUGGAAGAAUGGAAUGAAGAUUUGGAUGGAAUGGAAGGUUUUGUUCUGGAAGGGAAGAAAUUUGCACGCUUGCCAGAGGAAGAGUUUGGUCACUUUCAUACCCAGGACUGUUAUGUGUUCCUAUGCAGGUACUGGGUUCCUGUUGAGUAUGAGGAUGAUGAAGAGAAAGAAAAGAAGAGGAACAAAGGGGAAGAUGAUGCUGAUGACGAGGAGAAGCAGCCAGAAGAGGACUUCCAGUGUGUGGUGUACUUCUGGCAGGGCAGGGAGGCCUCCAACAUGGGCUGGCUCACAUUCACCUUCAGCCUGCAGAAGAAGUUUGAGAGUUUGUUUCCGGGCAAGUUGGAGGUGGUCAGAAUGACCCAACAGCAAGAAAACCUCAAGUUUCUUUCUCACUUCAAGAGGAAGUUCAUCAUCCAUAAAGGGAAGAGGAAGUUAAAGGUGGACAAUGUCCAGCCAAGUCUGUACCACAUCAGGACUAAUGGCAGUGCCCUGUGUACUAGGACGAUUCAAAUACUCACCGAUUCAAGCAACCUCAACUCCGAAUUCUGCUUCAUAUUGAAGGUGCCAUUUGAGAGCACAGACAACCAGGGAAUAGUGUACACGUGGGUUGGCCGAGCCGCAGACCCAGAUGAAGCAAAACUCGCUGAGGACAUCAUGAACUGCAUGUUUGAUGACACGUAUAGUAAGCAGGUUAUAAACGAAGGAGAAGAGCCUGAAAACUUCUUCUGGGUUGGCAUUGGCUCACAAAAGCCUUAUGAUGAGGAUGCUGACUACAUGAAAUACGCAAGACUCUUCAGGUGUUCCAAUGAAAAGGGAUACUUUGCUGUAUCUGAGAAGUGCUCAGACUUUUGUCAAGAUGACCUUGCUGAUGAUGACAUUAUGCUUCUGGACAAUGGAAAAGAGGUUUACAUGUGGGUGGGCACUCAAACCAGCCAAGUGGAAAUCAAACUAAGUCUGAAAGCUUGUCAGGUCUACAUCCAGCACAUGAGGUCCAAGGAUUCGGAGCACCCGAGGAAGCUCAGACUGGUGCGCAAGGGCAACGAACCUCAUUGCUUUACGCGCUGCUUCCAUGCUUGGAGCACCUUCAAGACCGCUCCUGCAUAGAGCCCUCAGGAGGUCUUUCACCGCCGACCCUACAGCCACCUUGCUCCCCAGCCCGUAGACAUUUACACUGCAAGCAGCCCUCUGUUCCCAUAGAACAUUGCAAUAUAUAUAUAUAUAUAUCAUCACCUUUCUUCACAAGCUUUAUAUACAUGUAUGGUACGUUUGCUAUGGAUUUAAACAAUAGAGUUUAUUUUUACGUGUUUGGUGGUUAGCCUGCAAAGGGUUGUAGAGAUCAUUUCAGAGGUCAGAUGCAAUAUCUUAGAGCUCAUAUAUUUUUAAGUGAUAUCUUCAAGGGAUUGUUCUUUUUUUUUUCUUACAACAUAUCCAUUAACAAACAACAACAGAAAGAAUUUAUAAUGAAUGUGUGGAAAAUGGAAAUGGUGUAUUGAUGCUUCAGCGUCUGCAGAAUAGCUUGUAUAAACUGCUGUGCAUAUAUUUCUGUUGAAUGUUUUUGUAUUUUUUAUUAUUUUAAGAGUUCCAUAUCAAACACGUUUUAGAGGCUUUAGUCCACAUUAUGGAGACAUGAGAAAAGAUGCCUAUAAUGAAAAGCACAAAGGAACCCCCCUGUCUUUGUUGGUUCAUGCAUUCAUGUAUGUGGUUUGUGCCAUUAACAGCUAAUAAUAUUAUGGUUUUGGUUAUUUUGCAUGAAAAUGCCGUCCUAGCAAUUAUGUGAGACCUUGCCCCACUGUAUGGGAAGAUGACUGUGCCAAGAAUGACUGGUGGAGAAAUGGCUGGGUUUGUAAGGGGCUGACUUCCCCCACAUACAUUGUGAUACAAGGAGCAUUUUGUUACGUGGUUAAAAGCCCCUUAACUGGCUCUCUCCCCAAAAUGUACGGCUGCCUCAAGUCAAGUGUAACUUUUAACAUUGCCAUGAUGUAAGAAAUAAAGUUAAGUCAUGUGGUCUUACCAGGAGAUUACAAGUGAGAGAUAUUUCUGCUAUCUAGAAACAAACCAGUUUUGUUGUGCAUUCAAUAUUUCACCACUUUAUAUUAGGAGGCAAAAUAUGCUCAAAAGCCACUGUAAUCUGCCUCAUUUUUUGUCCCACAUCCUCUUUAAUCUCUAAAUAAUUAUGUAUUUUAAUUGCAUUUGUAAAAUAUUUCUUGCCUGUAGACCCACCUGCAGAUGCUCUAUUUAUGUAUUUUAUAUGGAAAUAAAGUUUCCUCUGAAAUA